ACUACCACAGGAAGACCGGUUAAUUACCGUAGUUAUCAAGGAUUCGUCAUUUCAGCACGCAUAAAUUUUAUCAGAAACAUAAAUUCUGGUACCAGCGCACCGUCCACACUAAAAACGCCCGGUAUUUAAGAUUUUUAAUUUUUUAACCCUUCACGAAUGAAGGCAUGCAAAUUUUAUCUUUCUGGCGAGUGCCGGUACAAGAACUGCAAAUUUUACCAUCCACCGCCCGAUGAAAUAGAAAAGUACAAGGCAAUGGAGGAAUACGGUGCUGGUUACAGGGGUAAUGAUAGAAAGGAGUAUCGGCAGGAUAGGAUUGAUUACAGGCAGGAUAGGAGUGAUCGAGCGGAUGGAUACGGGAAUGGCCAUAGAAGUAGCAGGGCAGAGUACAGACAAGGUGGUUACAACGAAGAUUAUAGGAGCGAUAAAAGAACGGAAUACGGGGAAAAUGACAGACCGAAUUAUAGACAGGACAGCAGAACAGGCUACAACAGCAGAUCGGACUACAAAGCAGAAUCGGAAUACGGGGGAGGUGACAGACCGAAUUAUAGACAGGACAGCAGAACAGGCUACAACAGCAGAUCGGACUACAAAGCAGAAUCGGAAUACGGGGGAGGUGACAGACCGAAUUAUAGACAGGACAGCAGAACAGGCUACAAAAAAGAAUACCAUUACGAUCGCAGAGAUGAUAACCGGGUCGCAAGAAGAGAAUACACGCAUCAGCCAAGCACCAACAGAUCAGCACACAGCAAGCCGUUCAAAAAACGCUCAUCGCUUUACGAUCCACCACGUUGGAUAUUUUCGUCAUAUCCGAGCACCACCAAUUUAAUAUCUGCUUCACCCGAUGAGUUGCGGUACCGCUACAUGCAGCUCACGCCGCAGGAAUACCUGAACGAGUACCGCGAAGCGUUCAUGCACAACUAUGAGGUGCUUGGUGUGCUGAUGGGCGAUCUAGGAGAUGUUGAGAGCACGUCCAAGCGAUGGGUCGAUCUCAGGAAGUGUGUGGACGUGUUUGAUGGGUCUGAAAUUGUGUUUGGUACUGGUGAAGGGGACAUUCGUGGUCGUAGCGGUACGCACGCCGAUACGAAUACGUACAGCGAGCCGACCGGUAAGCAUGGCAUGUCUGGUGCUGACAGGUGCAACACCACCAGCAAUUACAGAACUGCACCUUACAGCAGUGCUGGUGGUUACGGUGUGCAUAGCAGCACCGUUCAUACACCCUUCCCCACAGAUGCACCAGCCCCCACCGUGUUUGGUCCACCCCUGCAUAACGAGCAGAGAGCGCGUGAUGCCGCGAACGAGGGUGCACGUACCCCCAAGUAUGCAUUCGGUAACAUUCCCUACCUUUAAUUAAACGUGUUGGAACGGUUUUGUAAAUAAAAAUGAUUUAUGACGUG